GUUCAUGUUGCAAGCCAGCUGAGGCUUCGACUUCAGCGGUAUGGAACAUGGCUCGGGCCACUGGGAAACGAGUUAAACAUGUCACCAGCGCCAGUACCAACCCCAAAUCCACGACAGGAACAUCAGCGUCGACAUCGACACUAGGAGUGCCGAAACCAUUCGAAUAUGCACCCGCUUCUCUGCGACCUCUUACCUCAACCCUUUCUACCGAUCAUUUCUAUCUGGUUCACCUGGACCAUACUCCUGUGGAGUUAAAAAAGCGAGUCUUUGUCGUGCCUAUUCUCCUCAACCUUGUCAUCGUGGUCGGCUUGUGUUUGAGGGUCUAUUAUGCCACACCGAUAUAUAUUCAACAAAUCAUCACCAUCUUCGGAUAUGAUACGCCAUACAAAGUGGACACGAGCAAUGCGAGCGCGGGCGAACUCAUAAACACUCUCAGUUCAAGAUUUUUCUUGUUCAUGUUAGAUUACUUCAUUUUCGUCAUCAUCGGCAGCUGGCCGCGAGAGUUCGUGUUUGGCAGCAAGACACUGAGAUUCACCGGACCUUUCCAAUGGCGAAGGACUUUGGGUUUUCAAGAGACGGAGAUAAUUGUGCGACGAGGAAGAAGAUGGGACACACCUUUGCUGGACACGGGUAUCCCGGAUGUCACAAAGACCUGGAAAGUGGAUGAGGAAUUGACCAUCAAUGUCAAGGUCGAGGCGGCGAUGCGGACGACGUAUCUGGCCAAGACUGGCUAUCUACUUCUAGACAGGGAUUGGGAUCUGGACUUUAAGGCGAUUUUGGAUGCACACAAGCUCGUGGAUCAAGGCACUCUUAAGUCGAAGGACCUGGACAACCUGGCUCUUGUGUACUACCAGAAGCAUUGGCUGGUUUGGCGUGUCCACGAAGCACCGGUCAUCAGCGCAAAAGAUGCAGCUUCGGAUUCAAUGCUGGAGACAUUCCGUAACAAGCUGGUGGAACUUGGAGCGGAGGAUGUGUUUUAUCGCUGGAUUGAGAUUGUGCAGUAUGAGACGUCACGGCCUGGGGGAUUCAACGAAGGACGACAAGCCGAAGCCAUGCAAGAGCUGAGGACGCUUCUCAAAUCCCGGGGGCUGGAUGAUGUUCAAUUCUGGGAGGAUAUAGGAGGAAAGGCAGGGCUGCCUGGUUUCAGCUCGUAGAGUUCGUAGAGAUAGAUACUGUUUCCAUGAGUACCAUGAUGUAAUGCAGGUAUGAUGAUGAC